CGUAAAGAUACACUCUUUGCCACGUGUCGAGCACGGUGACCCUUUUCGAAUUAAGCGCGAAGGCCGAUUUUAUAUUUCUUUUAGAUUUAGAAAUUCUUUGGGUAUUUAAUGUAAUAACCGAUGGAGAUAGAUCUUGGUGAACGUCAUUUUACAACUCAACACACACACAUGCAAAUAUGUAUGCUUGACGAUUUCGUACAUGUAUGCCAAGUUCGAUGCAAGUAUGUACGGAAAUUUGGUGUGGAUGGGGAUGAUGGUGAGGGGUAAAGGAUUCUAGGGGGAAAGACGAAAUGCAAGAAUGCGAUGUGCAAUGUCGAACGGCAAACACGAGGAAGACACUAUCGUGCCACUGAAUAUGACAGUUAGGGUACACGAUUGAUACAUACGGUCCUGGUUUUCUGGAAAUCGUCAGCGGUCCGGGGCCAUUAAACGCGUUAUAUGUGUCUUGCAAUUUGAUCCCACGGUGCAAAGAGUACACUCGAUCGGAGAAGUAAUUUACGCAAAUUCCUGGACAUCUCUGGGAUCUCUGCAGGUGGGCCUCCUGAAUUUCUUCUCGAUCUUCGAUGGUUUGAUAUCACACACAGUGAUAGUUAUUUUAUCGUAUUGUCUACAUCUAGAAGACCAGAAAUUAAUCAAAUAAAAGAGGAAGAAUCCAGAACGACAAGAUUUCGCAUAAUCCAGGAGCUAAUUUUGCUUCUGCUAAUUCGCCUGUGACGAAAAUUUAUCGUGUAAAUGAACGUGUAAUUUUGAGAAGUAAUGCAAGGCAUGAUGCCAGUUAAGACAAAAUCUCGUAUUCCUGAGACAAUGGGAGUAACGAAUGGAUUAGUGGAUGCUAGAGCAAAGCAGGUUUUGAGAGAGGCAGUAGACGCAGUUGUCAAUAGUUUUGCUAAACAUACUCAGGGUUAUGGAAGAGUGAAUGUGGUAGAGGCGCUGCAAGAAUUCUGGCAAAUGAAGCAAAGCAGAGGCACAGAAUUAAGAAAUGGAGCAUUAGUAAUUUAUGAAUCCGUCCCAGGUGCUAGUCCACCAUAUGUUUGCUAUGUGACCCUUCCUGGAGGAUCUUGUUUUGGAAGUUUUCAAAAUUGUCCCACAAAAGCUGAAGCACGUAGAUCAGCGGCAAAAAUAGCAUUGAUGAAUUCAGUGUUCAAUGAACAUCCAUCACGAAAAAUUACAGAUGAUUUCAUAGAGAAAGCUGUAGCUGAAGCAAGAGCAAGUUUCGCAAAACCUUCGACUACGCCUAAUGGUGUUAGCAAUCAAACUCAAGGAAAUGGUGAUGAUAAAGAAGAUCCAAAUACUGGAAUUGGUGCAUUCCGUUUUAUGUUAGAAUGUAAUCGUGGGAGAACAAUGUUAGAAUUUCAAGAGCUUAUGACAGUUUUCCAGUUACUUCAUUGGAAUGGUUCAUUGAAAGCUAUGCGAGAAAGACAGUGUAGUAGACAAGAAGUAGUAGCGCAUUAUAGUCACCGUGCAUUAGAUGAUGACAUGCGUAGUCAAAUGGCACUUGAUUGGGUUGCCAGAGAACACGAAAGUGGUGGUGGGGUUGUUGCAAUGGAAUUAGCUUUAGCGGAAAGAGAACUCGAAACGGCGCGUUUAGCAGGACGCGAACUUAGAUUUCCAAAGGAAAAAAAAGAUAUACUAAUGUUGGCUCAUGCUCAAGUUUGUCCUCAAUGAAUUAUUUGAGGUAACAUACUUUUUGAGACUUUAUGAGACUGGUUUUUUGAAAAUUGGAUCAUUUAAAAAGAUAAGCAAUUUCUGUGCUUUUAAAGAUCGAAUUUUCAAAAAUAGUGAUUCACUCUUCAUUUAUUAUUCACUUUUUAUCAUUAGACAAUUUUGUUUUAUCAAUAUAUUUUUUUUUAUAAGAAAUAUGUUACACAGAAUUUUGUGAUAAUACACUUUCAAAGGAAUUUAAAAAUUCAGUGAAAUGUGUGCCCAUGGUAUUCUAAGUACUUAAUCUAUAUAGAAAUCAAUUGAAGCAGAAAGUAGAUGUUUAACGCACUACGUAACGUUUUAAAUACAUAAAUUUGUCUUCCAUUUUUUUGUAUUAUUUUUUUUUAUAAAUAAUUUGAUGCAUAUAUAUAUAUAUAUAUAUAUGUUAUAUAUGCUUGAAUACAUAUUGCGCUUAUCUUGCAUGCCGUGUGUGAUAAUGUAAAAAAACAUACACGUAUAAGGGAUAUAUAUAUAUUAAAGUUCAAAGAGAUAGAAGUAUCUUUUUAAAUAUUUUUAUAUAACAUAGCUAGUAUGCGAGAUCGAAUAUGUCCAUAAAUAUAUGAAACUCAUAUAAAAUGAAGACAUUUUCUUUGUGCCUGAAAAUAAGUGAUUACGACAUAGUAAAUCUAUAAUUGUUUCAAUGAUAUUUUAUUAUUAUUAAUAUUAUUAUUAUUAUUAUUAUUAUUAUUAUUAUUAUUAUUAUUAUUAUUAUUAUUAAAUAUUGAUAAAUUCAUUUUUUUAAAUAUAAAGUUACAGUGUUCACAUACGCCUCCAAUUUAAUUAAAAUAAUAUUAAGUUUAUAUAGUAGCAUUUACAGUUUCCUCUGACAAUGUUGUCAAAGAUGGAUUUUCUUCUUCCUCUUGUAAAGGAUGUGCAAGUACCUUAUCUAUUAUUCCAAAUUCCUUAGCUUGAGAAGGACUCAUGAAAUUAUCUCUUUCCAUACUGCGUUCUAAUAUAAAUAAUGACAUUAAUUACAAAAACUAAACCUAUAAAUGAAAUUAUUAUAUUCGAGCUACCUAUUUUUUCUAAAUCCAAUCCAGUAUGUUUAACAUAUAAUUUAUUAAUUUGUUUUUUAAGUUUUAAUAUUUCUUGGGCUUGAAUUUGAAUAUCUGUAGCUUGACCAGAUACUCCACCAGAUGGUUGAUGAGUCAUAAUUCUAGCAUUAGGUAACGAAUGUCUCAUGCCCUUUGCUCCAGCAGCUAAAAGUAAGCUCGCCAUUGAACAUGCUUGUCCUACGCACCAAGUUGCAACAGGUGGUAGGACAUAUUGCAUAGUAUCAUAAAUACCCAGUCCUGCUGUUACACUUCCGCCAGGUGAAUUAAUGUACAUAUGAAUAGGAUUUUUACUACUUUCCGAUUGAAGAAAAAGUAAUUGAGCUAUAACCACUGAGGAAACAUUAUCUGUAAUCUAUUAAAAAAAGAGAUAGAUCAGUUUUUAUUAAACUACAAAUAGGAAUUAUAGUAAUCGUAUGUUUCCAUAUAUGUUCUAUAAUCAGAAAUAAACAUUACCGGACCCAUAAGACAUAUUAUUCGCUCUUUUAAAAGACGAGAAUAAAUAUCAUAUGCACGUUCUCCUCUUCCACUUUGUUCAACCACGACAGGUACAAAAUUUAAAUAACGUGUGCUUAGUUUUUGACCAUAACCCUAUUUUAAAAAUACACCAGAUAAAUUUAUUCUACUUUUUCUUACUAUUUUAAAGACUUUUAUAGUAAAUACGUACAGUAAUCCGUAAUAAGCUAUUUAUUUUUUGCAACAUUUUCACAAGUUUAUUUAUUAAUAAUUUUAUUUAUUUAUAAUCGUCGAUUAAGUUCAUUAGUUAUAUUAUAUUAAUAUUGAAUACACUAAUACCUAAAAAAUAAAUUUUAAAUACCUACAUUUUAAUAACUCAUAAUAUCGAGCACAACAAAUUUAUUACAGAAAAUAUUACCUUUAGUAACGAAAUGUAUUUAACACAACGUUAAAUUGAAAUUAUUUGAUAAACAAUAAUAGAAUAAACAAUAUAGAAAAAUGGCAUAGAAGUGAAUGAUCUGAUUUUUUUAGGUUAUGUUUGGAAUAGUUCGUAUUGUUAUAAAAAUAUUAUUAGAAGAGUGUGGUCGGUAACAGACAAAGAUGUAUUACCAAUCGUAGGUCAUAAAUAAGUAAUACGUUGUAUUAUUAUAACUGACAAAAAUGAAUUAUGUGUAUUUUAUUAAGCAUUUUUUUCGAAAAUAUUUUACAUUCCUGCUAUAAAUUAUAAUUUAAUAAUAUUUAAAUAUUUCAUUCUUAAAAGAGAUAAAACAGUUUUACUAUAUAAGUAAUGUAGACUAUAAAAUUUAGUAGAUGGCAAUAUUAUCAAAUGUUAUGCAAUUUAUAAAUUAAAAUAGAUGCUGGGAUUGAAAAGAUUUUUAUAUCAAAUUAAUAUAAAUUUACAAUAAAACUGAAAUGAAAUAAUAUUUAGUUGUGCUUUUUAAUUACUUUACUUACACAUUGUGUGUGCAUUGUGUAUGUAUGUAUAUAUAUAUAUAUGAGAAUUAUACAUAACAUAUAUAUGGGAUUGUGCACCGAUACAUGUUAUUCUACGUAGAACAAUGUUAUUAUUUACCAAAAGUAAUUCAAUUACUAAAUUAUUGAUAAAUUCAUUAAAAUCAUCUCAUGUACUUUCACAAAAACGCAUGGUGUAUAAAUCUAGUUUAUUAUUACAUAAAAUAUUUGAAAAAUCAAGGAUAAAUAAUGUAAAAGGACAAUUAUGGACAUCAAAUUUAAUAAUACGACAUAACCAAACACAAUCAUGGGAUAUAAAAACUAAUCUAGCAAAUAAUGUUAUUUUGUAUAAGAAUGAAAGAGGCAAAUAUAUGUUUGUUCACAUAUUUGGUCUAUGUAACAUAUUUGCUUGGUUAUAUUUAUUUUAUUAUUGGUAUGGAGAUUUAUAUCGUAAUUUAAAGACCAUAUCGUUUAAACAAUUUUUAGGGGAUAAUUAUCCUAUUCUUUCAAUUUUCUUUUUAACAACAUUCUCAGGACCACUUUUCUAUGGAUUAGCAUGGUUUUUUAGUUCACGUAUGAUCAAGUAUAUAAUCUUACAUAAAGGAGGCAAACAUAUUAGCUUUAUUACUAAUCAUCUACUAAAAAGCAGAAAUACUAUAACUGUUCCUAUAGAAAAGUGAUGGCUGAUGUGAAUUUCGGAAUGAUCUGUGCUAAAUAGGACACAACAACAGUAUAAUUUUGCUCGAUGACAAAUGCAUACAAAAUAUAUACAUUUGUCGAUUAUUUUUUCAAAAUUAAUAACUAGGGAAUAUAUAUAUUAUAUAUUAUUUUUAAUAAAGAUCAAAACAUGAACUCGUUUCCACAUCAUUUACGAGAUUUUUCUCCCAGCGCUAUUUUGUUAUGUUUUUUCCGUAGGAGUGCAAUGUAUAUUAUUUCUAUUACUACACUAUUACUAUAAUAAUAAUAUGUAAUGUAAUAAUAUAGUCAUAAAAGUAGUAAUAAGAAGAAACAGAAGAAUAUACACUUAUAUUUUAUACAUCGUGACACAUAAUGACGGUGAUAACAAAAGAAGAAAAGAAUGUAUCAUUUUACGUGGUUGUUUGGCGCACGAAUCUCAACAAAUCUUUUCCUUUAUAAUUUCGAUACAUGAUUGCCUAUCGAUAGAUAUAUCUAAUACAAACGACAUAUGAAAAAAAUACGAAACGUGUCUUUUGUUUUCUUCCGCUAUUGUUUCUUUUUAUCUUAUUACCUUAUAAUCAUUAUGCAUGUUCCAUAUUGUUUCUUACUUACUAUCAGUCGAAGCUAAUUGUUUUUACUAUUAUAAUACAAAAUAUAUUAAAUGUAUAUAAAUAGAUGUAUAUAAAUAAUAUUUAAGUA